AUCAUAUUAUUUAAUUUACUGUACAAGUGCGCGACAGUACAUAAAUCGUUUCUUCCUUUUAUCAAGAAGUUUUGUUGACCGCUGAUUACCGUUGUCUGUUCGUACAUUAAUAAAGCAUAAACAUUGAGCUGUGAACUGUCUCGAUGCCAGUGCACGGCAGUCAAAUUUCGUUCUGUAUUUGGGGUCGGUGUUUUAGUGUAAUAUUUCCCGACAAAUAAUUUGGUCUGUAUACAAAGUAGUAUUAUUCGGGGUUCCAUCACAGGGUGUCAUAAGCUGCCUAAUCGUUUGUAAUUAAGUACCAAAUGGCCGGCAUUCGCUGCUCAAGUGCAGCGUCGCUCGUCGCCUCCUGGCUGCGGCGAGAAACUUCGUCCAGCUUCAGUCUCUUCAGCCUUGGGAAUGAUAUGUCGCUGCCGAACAUAACUGGGCGCAGUAAAGUGUUCCGGCGAUUUUCCCAAGCACAACUGCAACCCCGGAAAGAGGAGAAAGUGACUACACCGCUUUUGGAAGCGUACGAAUCGAAUCCUAUUCUCGGUUUGCGAAAAAGCCCAGAAUUCGUUCCAGCCAAGUUGCCGGUCAGUCUUCCUUUAUUGUCCAUCUCAUCGGAAGCGGUUACCAUAAAAGAGGAUAGGACGUCCAUAGCGGUGCCUUUACUUUGGCUGCGUGAUAGCUGCACGUGUGAGCAGUGCGUAAACCAAGGCGCAUAUCAGCGCAACAGCUGGACACUGGUUACAGAUGCGCAGAUAAAGCGAGCGGAAGUGAACAACGGCUUCCUGCACGCGGUAUGGACCGAUGGGCACGCUUCGCAUUAUGAUUUAUCAGCAAUCAAAAACCACUUCACCGCUGCACUACCGAAGAAGUCAAGUGACAAGCAGGUUGCCAAAUUCUUAUGGGACCGGCAACGGCUCGGACCAGCUUCCGUUGUUCCUAUUUCUCACGAUGCAGUAUUUACGGAUAGUGGACUGGGUGACCUUUUGACUAAUAUCCAACGUUUUGGUUUCGGGUUGGUCGAUUGUUGCCCACCAACGGAGGCCGCCACCGAAAAACUGGUUAAGCGCGUUGCCCCGCCCAUGCCGACGACCUUUAGUCCGGGCAUGUGGACUUUCACCUCCAAUAUGGAGCGCAACGAUACGGCCUAUUCCAACGUCUAUCUAGCGCCGCACACCGACACCACCUACUUUAGUAACCCCGCGCGUAUUCAAGUUUUUCACUGUCUGGAGCGGGACGGGUGCACUGGCGGUGAGAAUCUUCUGGUUGACGCCUUCCACUGCGCAGAUGUACUGCAACAAACCGAUGCCGCCGCUUAUGAACGUCUGUGUUCCACUGCACAAAAUUGUGUCUACAUGGAGCCAGAUGUGUGCUACAAAUGGACCGAUGUAGUCUUGACCCGUAACACUGACCGGAAGUCGUUGCAACGAGUGCGUUUCAAUAUGUAUGAUCGCUCCACAGCGCCUCCGCUUUGCGCGCCCAGUGAAAUGAAUGCCUUUUAUCGAUCGCUGAGAACAUUUGCGGACCUGACCCAGAGUGCCGUCAAUCAGCACGUUUUGACGCUAACUCCGGGACUCGUCAUAUUUAUUGAUAACUGGCGGGUUCUGCAUGGACGAAAUGCUUUUAACGGGAAGCGCGUGCUGACCGGAUGCUACAUGAGCAAUGAUGAAUUUGAGCAUAACUGUCGUCGAUUUUCUUUGAUCCCAUAAUAGAAUUGUUGAAAUUUUUCUAUGGGUUUUGUUGUAAAUAUAAUACCUUUUUUCUCAUGCAUUGUUAAGCAUACAGAAAUAUAUAACUGUAUUAUGUAAUUAUAAUUUGCGAGAGAACAGACAUGCAGAUUUGUGUUUUAUUCGUCUGAUUUACAAGCAUUUACUUUAGCACAGAAACUCUGUGGCUCAUAAUAUGCCAAAAUUAAAGUUUUGUUAUGCCGCCUUGGUAGUGGGCAUAAAGUGAGUAUUUUUAACAAUUGCAAAAAGA